AUUGGUGGGUUUCCGAUAAAACAGUCGCUGGCGCGCCAUAUUCAACGUUUAGUUUCAGAGCAACCUUUCUUUGGACAUUAAAUUAGUAACGUGUUUGUUUGUUUGUUUUUUUAUUUAACUGGUAUUUAAUUAUCUAUUACUUUUUAUGUUUUUUAAUUGCCACGUCAUUAAUUAAAAAUGGACUGUGUGGAUUUCCCAAGAGUUCUUCCAAAUUCACCGAGGAAAGCACGGGGACAGAUUCAGGUCAUCUUUGGACCGAUGUUUUCAGGCAAAAGCACUGAACUGAUGCGAAGAGUACGCCGUUUCCAGAUAGCCCAGUACAACUGCUUGGUGAUCAAAUAUGCCAAGGACACACGUUAUUCUGACACAGGCAUGGCCACACAUGACAAAAACACAAUGGAAGCUAUACCAGCCAACUGUCUGGAAGAUGUACGAUCUCUGGCAUUGCAAGCCUGUGUUAUUGGAAUUGAUGAAGGACAGUUUGUAAGUUUUCCAGACACAGUGGACUUUUGUGAGGAGAUGGCUAAUUUAGGAAAGACUGUCAUUGUAGCUGCCUUGGAUGGAACUUUCCAGAGAAAGCCAUUUGGAAACAUCCUGAACCUCAUCCCUCUAGCAGAGAGCGUAGUGAAGCUCCAUGCCGUCUGCAUGCAGUGUUACAAAGAAGCUGCCUACACCAAGAGGAUAGGAGCUGAGAAGGAGGUCGAAGUGAUCGGUGGAGCUGACAAGUAUCAGGCGGUGUGUAGGAAGUGUUAUGGAGGUCUGAUGGUGGACAAAGAGAACAGUGCUCCUUUCAGGAAUGAAACUCCACAACAUGUCCUCGUAGGAAAACUCGUGGACUCUGGGAUUCCCCGGAAGCUUUUCUCCUCUCUCCACCUCUGAACACAAAUAAGACUUGUUGCAGAGAGUAGAAAUCCAGGAAUCAAAUGGUUCUUUUGUUUGUGUCCCUGAAGACUUUGUGUUUGUAUUUGGUGUAGUAUUCUAUAUUUUAUGUUUUUACUUGAUGACAGUGCACCUGAUGAUAACCCUGAAAAUGAACAAACCAAUUAACAACUCA